UCUGUAGACUCACCAUAAAGGCAGACUGUCCUAUGAACCUGGAAAACUUUCCAAUGGACAUGCAGCGCUGUCCACUGCGAAUUGGAAGCUUUGCUUACUCAACAGUUGAUGUGGUGUACCUGUGGAACCCAGCCAGAAGAGUAGUUAUUCAUCCAGAUAUGAAGAUGUCACAGUUCGACCUGAUUGAUAAGCCAAGCGGGAACCAAACGGAUCACUUCAGGCAUAGUCCGUUCUCCGUGCUAUUGGCAAGUUUUCAUCUGCAGAGACACAUGGGUUACUUUGUGAUCGAGGUGUACGCCCCGUGUAUCAUGCUCGUCGUUCUUUCGUGGGUUUCUUUUUGGAUCAAUAGAGAAGCAACUGCCGACCGCGUCGCUCUUGGUGUCACCACAGUGCUAACCAUGACUUUCCUAGGACUCGAGAGUAGGAAUGAUUUACCUCGGGUAUCAUAUUGUACAGCUCUAGACUACUAUGUCGCACUUUGUUUUUUCUUCGUUUUUGCAACGAUUGCCGAAUUUGCAGUUGUACACUAUUACACUAAGGUUGGAAGUGGGGAAUGUUUCGUACAGAGAUAUCCGGUGUUGGAGAGUAACGAAGAUGACGGUGAAGAACUCAAUGAAAACGAGGGUACUGAAUGUUGCUCACCGUUAACCAAGAUCAGUGAAUACCAGAAAUCCUUGUUGACAGAAGCCUCGAUCGUGACCAGUCUCAUUGUACAGCUUGUUCAGGCUUCAGUUCUUGACGUUCAUUGGUGUAUUUAUGUCUGGUCCCGAGGAAAAGCAAUAAACCGAGAAGAAUGA